GGGAAGGUAGGUUUAUGACAGUCUUUCUGCCUGGAGGUUUUCCACUCCAGUGUUAGCUUACACGUGCUUUCCUUAGGAAAUCUGUAUUCUGAUUUCAUGUGGCUGGCGUUUUGUGCGAUGUACAACAGAGGCCGCGUGGGAGGUAGAGACAGGACCUCGAGGGUUGCCAAGGAAGGAGUGGGAUCUCUUAAGUGAAUUACUGGGUUGUGUCAGAACCAGAGGGUAGUAAUUGUCGGACAAAGCAAAGGGGGCCUUCGUUCACUUUCAGGAGUCAUUCUGACACAGUCAUUUAAAUACCAGUUUUGUGCUCGCUCAGAACAUCCGAGUUUUGUUAAGCGUUAGUUCUGGGCUAAUGGGGCUUUCUGGAUAGCGUUUUCCCAACUCCCGAGCUAUACCACACCUCCUCCAAGGAGAUUCAGCCCAGGAAUAGCUAGCCGAUUUUCUGUUUCCCUACCACAACCCAACAAGAAUCUCCUCCAGCUUUGUUUCUCCUUUUAGAAAACAGUUAAUUUUAUCCUAACUGUUGCCUUGUCACAAGUGGAAGGCAGUUUCUCAUCUAUUCAUCCCUCUUUUGCCACUGUCCCAUAUAUUCCCUUUUCAGGCCUUUUCGUUGUUAAAAUCCCCAAACAUAUAGGGAAAUAGACGCUUAACAGGACGUUUCGCCAUGUUUGCUUUUUGUGUACUUCAUGUUUUGGAAAUAAAUUUCAUAUUUCAUCCAAAAUCGUGAACACAAUGUCUCUCAAAUAGCAUUUUUUCUAUUUAAUGACAAUGGUGUCAUCGUCCUCAAUGAGAUUAAAUCGUUCAGGAGGCCAUCUCCUGUCUGCUUUGUGGUCAUAGUUCCUGUCAUUUCCAAAAUGUCUUUCACUGUUUUGUUCAAAACUGGUUGUGUUUUAAGGAUCUCUGGUGACUGCUUCUGCUGCUUGUACUUCAGGUUUCUCUUUUCCUCCUUAUACACCGCCCUCCACCCCCUGGACAGUUUCUUCCAAGGGAUUUGCAUCUUAGUAGCCACUCUUCAGGGUAGGUAGCUAGUAGAGUCAAUGCUGGAAAUCUGCAAAACUGGGCAAGGGGAGUAGUCAGCAGGUUCUCUCCACGUGGUGGGUUUAGGACAGUCCUUUGUGGACCUGUGACACUGGGGAGGUGAAGGCAUCUUGGUGUCACCACAGGGAAGGCUGUGGGCAUUUGUACCCUGUGGAGGACUUUGUGUUUUCCAGUCUCUAGGCACUGGGUGAAGGUGUGUCUUCAAGCUGAGGGGCCACCCACCCCACCUUGGUGGUUCCUCCAGGAGUUGAGCAGCCUGGCCACCCCUCGGCAGUUGCUCCAGGAGUCCAUCAGUUCCUUCAGCCCUCCCGCUCCGGCGGCCGCGCCCCUCCGGCAUUCCCGCCGGACCCGCGCCUGGAGCAGCCAUGGCGGGGCGGGGCGACCGCUACUACACGUACACCGAGCUCCUGGCCAUCGCACGGCGCUUCCGGCAGAACCCCAACGAGCUCAUGAUCAGCUGGAUCCUGCGGGUGUAUGACCAGGGUGGCCAGGCCCUGUCCCUGAAUUCCGGGGAGCUGGCCCUGCUGGGCGACCUGACCGGCGACGCCGUCUUCAACUACCGCUGCAAGGCCCUGCGGGGCGACUGCAAGACGCUGCUGGCCUGGCUGCUGCUGGCCUGGCGCCAGCGCUGGGAGUCCUUCCUGCACUUCGAGGCCACCGAGUUGCCCUUCCGUCCCUGGACCACCAUGGAGGAGGGCAUCCAGCUGGUACGCGAGCUGGGCAUGCUCGACUGGAUCUACCGUGAGCCGCCACUCCCCGAGCCCGCCCGGCUGGCGCCGGAGGACCUGCCCUUCACACAGGGCCUGCAGCGGCGCCUGCUGACAGCCGCGCCCUCUGAGCUGCGGCUCUCGCUGGUCAGCCUGCUGGUCAAGGGCAUGACAGUGCUGGAGGCAGUGAUGGAGAUCCAGACCAUCGCCGACGUGGGCCUGCUCUGGCGCCAAAGCCAGCCGGGCCGCACCAAGCUCAUGCUGGGGCCAAACCCCACGCGCAAGGACCUCAUGGGCUGGCUGCUGAGCCACGGCGUGCCCAAGGAGCGCGUGGACAAGCAGCCCACCAAGGUCCUCCUGGAGCUGUACAUCAAGGAGGCCAAGCGCAGCCGCGGCCACGCCCCCUAUGGGCUAGGGGAGGAGCAGCCCCCGCCUCCCCCGUACUCCGACCAGGCAUGCGGGGAGGAGCCACCGGUGCGCCACGACUAGGUGCCCCUUGUCCUCGGGACUGGGACUGGGACCUUGUAGGGGAGACGCAGAGCCUUGGCCGGCGUGUCCAAGGAGCCCCAAAGAGGAGUAGUGUCCGUGCCCCCGGCCACCCGUGGGCAUCACCGGCCACUGCUGGAGGAAAACAGGUGGCUGGCUCUUGGCAGCUCCUGCUGGAUGCAGGGAGAGAGGCUGUUACAUUUCCAGUCUGUUACACUUUAGCCCGAUGGGCAUGGUGGGGUGGGUUUGCCUUCCGCCCCCGCCGCUCAGCCUCACGGCCCCCAGCCCCACCCCCCAGGCACUACAGGCCAAGUGGGAGACCCUGCCGCCCACACCAUGAAAGCACUUUGAAAUUUGUUCCCUUUUUCUUAAGGUUGUUGUUUAUUUUGGUUUUUUUUAAUGCAAUAUUUUUUUUACUCUAUGAUCUUUAGCAGACAACACUUGUUUUUUUAGCGGUGCUCGUUUCCCCCUUUGUGAAGGAUUGUCUCUUAAAAGACUUUUUUUUUUUUUUUUUUUUUUUAAUCUGCAAUGACUUUCUCUUAAAAUGGAAUUUUGUCCUUUGCUCGCCUGCGAAGGGAACGGCCUGUCCCUUCCGGUUUCGCCAGCUGCAUGUGUGGCUGGAGGGACUGUCACCUCCGGGCGAGGGGCACUGCGGCCAAGAAUCCCAGCCUUGUGAGGAUGGACAGCCCUGGCAGGUGGUACCACGCAUCCAUUAAAAACAAAAACAAAAA